AAAAAAUUUAAAAAAAAAAAAAAAAAAAAAAAAAAUCAUUUUUACUGACAUUAAUGAUGGACAGACGGGACAACCCCAGCGCCGUCGUAUGCGUGUUAUGUGGAGAGGCCUUCACUCUGCCCGAUGACGAAGUUGACGGCAACCUCCCUCGUGUGCUGUUAUGCGGCCACAUCUACUGCACGUCUUGUCUGCGGUCCAUUCAAUGUGACAGAGUCAUUAGAUGCCCAGAGUGUGAGGUUGAGUCGACCCUUCCUGAAGGUGGGGUGUAUCAUCUGCAGGAAGACAGCAGAAUAAUUGGCCUCAUUUACACUGCUAAAAUGAACAAGAUGAAAAGCCUCCAGUGUGACAGAUCCAAGAAUCGCAGAAGGAACAAAUUAUCUUCAUCUGAUGGCAAUACCGAGAAUAUGGAGCAGCCAGCUGAUCCUGAGAAGAUUGAGAGGGCGGUGGAUGAGGCAUUGGCCCAGGCUGCAGAAAAUCGUGCCCAGCUGGAACACAUCCAUGAGACUUUGACGACUGGUCUGGCAGAACAGGUGAAGAGAGAGAGAGCUCGGCUGGAGGUGGAGAUCAAGCAAGCUGCAGACAAGGCUUUGCAUGCAAUCCAAAAGUGGAGGGAUGUGCAGUUGAGUCAGCUGACAAAACUGGAGGCACAGUUCUCCACCAGCCAAGCUGAAGUAUGCCGUGUCCAGGAGAGGAUGAAGGCCCUGGAGAUUGCCAUGCAGAUGGCCAGAGAAGUACGCCGUGUCCCCUUCCUAGGGCAGUACUGCACCCUGGAUAAGGUCCUGGAGACGUUGAAGGCCCCUGUGGUUAACCAGUCCUUCAAUAUGAAAUGCAUUACUACGGGCUCUGGAAUGCGCUGUGUUUUCCAGUCAGAAGGUUACAACCAGAGUCUGGCAUUGUCCUUGAAGGUGGAAGUUAGCAACCCAAAGCACUUGUCCGAGUUUCCACCCAAAGGCUACCAGCCGGGCAGCUCCAACAGAAAGUCACCCUGGCAACAUGCAGAGGGCAGUAACAGCAACUGUAUCCCACCCAGUCGCAACAGGCUCCCCACCCCACAAAAACAAGACAAGGGGAGCGCGGGAGCUAGCAGUCCUUUGUCGCGAGGCUCCUCUCCAAGCCCAAAACCUCGCCGCAGGUCCAACCAUUCAUGCCACAGCUCAGGCUCAGACAUUGGAACUCCAGACGUAAUUAUCGAGGAGCUUUUAGACGAGCGACAAGAGCACGCUCUCCCACCCACUGGCCCGGAGUUGGCUAAUGACAAAUGGAGAAUCCAAAGGAUAAGGAGAAAUCAGUUUUCUGGCAACAAGAGAAACGUCACCCAGUGGGUGGUGGUGACCCACGUUGUGAACCCAAGUCACUUCUACGUACGCUAUGUGGCUGAGAAGAGGGAAAGCGAGAGCCUGUCUAAAAAGAUCAACCACUUCUGCUGCAGAGAUAGUUGCCACUUCACUUCCAGUGACACAGUGGAGACUGGUGCCAUGAUCUUUGUGAAGUGGAAGGAGGGACUCUGGUGCCGGGCCAGUGUGGUAGAAGUCUUGCAGAACGGCUGUGUUGAGGCUGUGAAAGCCUGCAAAGUCACCCAGCUGGCCAGUAUCCGAGUCUUCUUCCUUGACUAUGGCCUCACCAAAAGUAUCAUCAUACAGAGUGAGGAGGGGACCACUGAGUCUUCACUGAAGGCUGUGAACAACCACCUGAGGAAGGUGUGUGAGGCAGCAAAUGUGGAGCUAGGUCACUUUGCUCCUCAGGCCAUCAGAUGUUCCCUCAAAGACCUGGUCCCAUAUGAUCUGACAAAAGGCUGGAGUAAAGAGGCACAGGUUGAAUUCUGCAGUGUAGUUGGCUCUGCAGCAGUGGAGAUGAGGCCUCUGGGUCAGGACAGAGACUCUUUGUUGGUGGACCUGAGGAAAGCGCCCAUGGACCAAUCCAGUGACGUGCCCAUCUCUGUCAGAGAGUUCCUUGUCUUCAUUGAAGUGGCCAGGUUUUAUUCUCCAGUGACGUUGGGCAGGAGGCCCCUGCUAUACUACCCUCCUGUCCAUCCCAAGAUCAACACAGAGCUCAACGCUGUGGUGUCCCACAUCAACAACCCUGCUGACUUCUACAUCCAGCUGACUGACAACAUGGAGUCCUUGUUACUCUCUGCCAAGCUCCAGGAUUUUUACAGUGCGACAACAGUGGCUGGACAAGAUGACCUCAACAUCUACUGCCCUGUGAUAGGACAGGCCUGUGUUGCCCGCUAUGACGACAAGUUGUGGUACAGAGCUCAGGUCAUAGGUCAUCCAGGGGGCAGAAAAGUGGAAGUGCGGUAUGUAGACUUUGGUAACAAGAAAAUCUUGUUGGUCGGCGACUUGAGGAAGAUCAAGGACGAGUUCUUUGCCCUUUCGUCCAUGGCAAUUCACAGCUGUUUGUCAGAUGUGAUUCCUCUGGAUGGAGAGACCUGGAGCGACGCCUGCACAAACAGAUUCAUCAGCCUGGCUCACCAGAAACUGGUCACUAUUGUGGCUACAGCCCCUCCAGGAAGAGUCCCCAAGACUGAGCCUCUGCCAGUCAAACUAUUUCAGAGCGGCCCUAACGGGCCACUAGCCAACAUCGCUGAGCUGCUGGUCGAAGAGGAGCUGGCCUGCUUCAAAGAGGGACCUAAGUCCAAGCAUGCCAGUAAUGACUCUGCCGUAUGGGACCCUCCGCUUGAGCUCAGCUCGGCCGCGGAGGGCGUUGAUACCUCGGAGAAGAAAACCUUCGGAGAGCAAGAUGAGGAGCCGCUGGAGCUUCAGCCUCAGCUGAAGCUCCCUGUCCAACUCAAAGACCUAAAAGUGAGAGUCAGCCACGUCAACUCACCGAGCAGCUUCUACGUCCAGCUCACCCAGUGCGACUCUCAGCUCAAAAGGAUAUGCGAGCUGGUAAAGCAGGAGUGUGUGCUUACGGAGCCCCAGGAUGUGGUGUGGAAGGCAGACAUGCACUGUGCUGCUCACAUCAACGGGGUUUGGGAGAGAGGACGGAUCUGCUCUGACGUCACAUCCGGCAACGUUGCAGAGGUGAUACGCUGUGAUCAUGGCAACACGGUGAAGCUCCACGUCGGCGACCUGCGGCCACUGCCAUCCUCUUUGAUCGGCUCUCUGGCCCUGGAGUGCACUCUCACUGACAUCAGGCCGGCAGGGGGCCGAUCCACCUGGACGGCUACAGCCUGCGAUUUAAUCUCCUACUACCUGACGGGAGCCUCGGCUGUUAUGACCAUCAAGGAGCUGACAGAGGAGCGUCCAGUACCCAUCACUCUGUUCUGCUCCAACAAGAUGGGACAGUUUGUCAGCAUCGCAGACUUUCUGGCCAGCGAGGGCCUUGCCCUCAGGGAAAGAAAGCCAAGAGAUGCUGUCAUUCAGAAACCCAAAGAAAUCGAUGAACAGUCUCCAGGGAGCGAGACACACACUCACAGCUCUGAUGCCGAGAAAAAUCAUCCAGCUCCUUCUCUCAUUCCUUUUCCCUCCCAGUCCCCCCUUGUCUCCACUCUCAUCCCUCCCAAACCAGCCCGCCGCACAAUUAUGUCUGCUGAGAAGGUGAAGACUCAGUUGUACCAACCCCCAGAGCUGCCAUGCCUCGGUCACAUCCAGAUAAGUGUAUCUGCCAUCGGAGAGGAUGGUCUCAUUUACGCCAGAACACAGAAUGCAGCAUGUCAGUUGGAGCAGCUUAGAGAGAGGAUUCAGCAGAGCAUGAAGACACUGCCAAGACAGAAGCCCUACACCUGGAAGUCAGUCCUGGGCUGUGCCGUCAUUGGACCUGAUAUGUUGUGGUACCGAGGACAGCUGCUGGAGGUGCUGGGAGGACAUGUUCAGGUACAAUAUGUGGACUACGGCCUGGUGGAGAACAUCCCGGUGGUCCACGUGUACCCCAUGCUGCUGUGUGACGAUGUCCCUCAGCUCUGUAUGCCCUGCCAGGUGCAAGGCAUCAACCCCGUCGGCGGCAGGUGGCAGCGGGACGCCGUGGCCUUGCUGAGGGAGGUGUUGCUGAGUCGCUGUGUGGACAUGCAAGUCAUGGAGCUGCCAACUGACCCGAGGCAACCCCUCACAGUUGAGCUCUUUCUGGACGGGCUGAGCCUCAGCAGGAUCCUGUGUCACCAUGAACACGCCUCCAUGGACCGGACUGUCUCAGCACAGGAGGUUUUUGGACAGGCAGUGAUGGCUCCUGUCCCCUUCCUGGAUGAUUGGGACAUUGACACUGAGGGUCUGAGGGGACCAGAGGAGCCGAUGCUGGGGCCCUUUAUCUACCCAAACCUGCCGGAGGAGGGAGAGCAGUUUCAAGUCAGGGUCAAGCACCUGUGGACCCCCAAUGAGCUGUUCCUGUGGCCUUUGGAGGGAACAGCAGAUGUGGAGGUGGAUGGCGAGAGACUGGAAGAGGCUCUGACCAGAGUCAAUGCAAACAUCAGCAGUCUGCCGCGACUCACCAACUUCCCUCAUGGCGGUCCGUGUCUGGCAGAGUACAGCGAUGGGAAGUUCUACCGGGCCAAGCUGAUGAAGUUCGCCAGCGUGGAGCCCGUCACGUUCCUGGUCCAACAUGUGGACUUUGGCUCUGAUGACACUCUGCCCGUCAGCAAGCUGCGUCAGCUGCCGGCCGAGCUGCUGAGGUUCCCGUCGCAGUCGCUCAAGGUCAGAGUCUCCGGCUUCAGGGCUCCGAGUGUCAGCGGGCAGGAGGACGUGCUGCCCUACAGCCCCGGGUGGAGCGUGAGGGCCGCGAUGGACAUGAUCGAGCUGUUACACGGCAGCAUCACAGCCUCUGUUGUGGCGCGGGAACCGGAGCUCACAGUGCUGCUGUACGGCGAGUACGGAGAGUUGGUCCAUCUGCCUCUGGUGAGCAGCGGACUGGCUGAGCUCGAGUGAAGGGGAGCGGAGACGAACUCUUCAACCCACGGGUUCGUGUUUACUCACUGGCAUCCUGUUCUGUGAACAUCUUGAUUUCAUUCUGUUGCGCAGUUUGACUGCUGCUCUUAGUUUUUACGUGUUGCAGAAAAUUUGCUCUAGUUUUUACUUUCACAUUGUUCAUGUAGAGCAGUGAUUUGAUUUCAGUUUGUUUAACUGUUGUUUGAGUGGGCUGUGUUGACUUGGCACUUUGUUUUCGAGUCAUUUGGGUCACGCCAGACGGGACUUGUCUGUAUGGUGCAGAUUAAAGUCUUCCAGU